GUCCCGCCAUGGCCCGGCCCUGUCCCGCCAUGGUCCGUUCCGCCAUGGCCGCGCUGCUCCCGGGCCUUGUGCUCCGCCCGCUGCGCUCCCGCAUCCUCCGCAGCCACCCCUUCGCCCGCUCCUUCCAGGUGAGCGCCGCCAAGAAGGCGAAGGAAGCCGGCGAUGAGGCGAGCCAGGCGCUGAGCGCGGAGCAGCAGGAGCGCAUCCGCAAGAACAAGGAGGCGGCGCGGCAGCUGCUGGCGCAGCGGAACGUACCCCCGGGCUUCGGCGAGAGCUGGCGGCGGCAGCUGGCCGGGGAGUUCUCCAAGCCCUACUUCGUGGAGCUGAUGGCGUUCGUGGCCGAGGAGAGGAAGCGCUACACGGUGUAUCCGCCUCCCGAGCAGGUCUUCACCUGGACGCAGAUGUGCGACAUCUGGGAUGUAAAGGCUGUCAUUUUGGGACAAGACCCAUACCAUGGACCUAAGCAAGCUCACGGGCUCUGUUUCAGUGUCCAGAAGCCUGUUCCACCUCCCCCCAGCUUGGAAAAUAUUUACAAGGAGCUCUCCGAGGACAUUGAGGGCUUCACCCACCCCGGCCAUGGGGACCUGACGGGCUGGGCCAAGCAAGGAGUGCUCCUGCUCAACGCGGUGCUCACGGUUCGGGCUCACCAGGCCACGUCCCACAGGGAGAGGGGCUGGGAGAAGUUCACGGAUGUCGUGGUGUCCUGGCUCAACAAGAACCUGCACGGGGUUGUUUUCAUGCUCUGGGGAGCCUAUGCCCAGAGGAAAGGCAGCUCCAUCGACAGGAAGCGUCACCACGUCCUGCAGACGGUUCAUCCCUCACCCCUCUCUGUCAACAGAGGGUUUUUCGGCUGCCGGCACUUCUCCAAGACUAAUGAAUUCCUCAAGAAAUCUGGGAAGAAGCCCAUCGACUGGAAAGCACUCUGAGCUGGGGCUGAGGCUUGGGAGCAGCCCCUGGCUCAGGGGUUGGGGCAUUUCUGAGAAACUCCUGCUGACCUGAGAAUUGUUCUUUGGAUGUUUGAUCAGCGAACAAGUGACCAAACUUUCAGAGAUGGUUAUAUUUUUGUUUUAAAUGCUUAUUUUUCAAGAGCAUGUUGGAGUGUUUGAUUGACAGCUCUGCUUUUUGCCUGGUUUAAGCAAAAAGAAAGAGCCCAAACACCAGAGUUCUGUAUUAAUUUGUGGUCAUUGUGGCAAUGGGAGUUCUAUUUUCAGACUCUGGUGAAGGGGUGGCAGUUCUUACUGCCAAAAGCUGCCCAGCUUUUGUACAUGCCCUGCUGCCUCCUUUCCACACAAAUCCAGUUUUCCUAUUUAAAUGGAGCUGACUCCAUGGGAGGAAAAGGCUUUUGGUUUUAGCUCUUUGCUACAGAUUUAUUACAAAAAUGGCUUCUUCAGGCUGUAAAGAAAAUACAUGGCCAAGAGUGUUGAUUGGUAUAUUCAUGAUCUCAAGAUUUUGGGAUAAAUCCUCCCAACAGCCACAGGGAGGCUGUGACCAAGACCCAUGGUAAUACUUUUGAAAUUUUCACUGGCCUUUAGACAGGAAAAUCAAAAGGUUUUUUUAGGUUCUUCCUGGAUGUGUAAUCACCUGGAUGACGGGUGAGCUGUCAUCAUACAUGGGGGAUACAUGCUGAUGGCAGCAGUGAACUUUUGUUCAUUGACAUUUCCCAGUUAAUGGACUGAUAGUUGCAAAUUUCUUAAGAUCCUAAAAGAGGGAACUUUGUGCUUUGCCACCUUGGGAGCAAAUUAAAGUUUCCACCUGCUGUUGGCAAAAACUGUCAGGACUUCCAGGAGGAAGAGGUGUUGGCUUCAUACUCCUGGGUUUCCAGCCUAUCUUUGAUUUUGUAAUUCCUUUAAAGGAAGUGAAGAACCCUUUUUUUUUUUUUUUAAUAAGCCAGUUUUUAUAGAAUAUCUUUGUAACCCUCUCUGAGGUAACACUAUCACCAGUGACGUUUAUACUGUCUGUGGCCUUGCUGUAUAUACUGUUUGCUUGUUUCUUUUUUUAUUUUCCCAGUGUCUGUGUUUUUGUUUUUUUAAAAUAAAAAUUAUUUUGCUUACA